GGCAUUCCUAUGCCGACACCAUCGUCACAUCUCAUCCCAGCCAUCGAUCCCAUCUCCAACUACCGCGGAAGCAGGCAGUAUUUGCGAUGGGUGAUCUUCCACUCCAGCGCUGGAGCAAAAGUGACUGGGUCAUCUUCCUCGGCAGUCAAGGCCCAGCAAUCCCCGAAAUCAUCGAAUGUUUAGGCCUCUCCCACACCACGGGCCGCGGCAUCCCGAAAUUCUCUGAACGUGAAUCACGCAAGCUAUCCAACGAAGUGCAGAAGCUGUCACAGACCCUUUCCAACGACCUAGACGCUCUUCUUAAAUCUGCCUCAAAUCCUGACACGCUCGACAAGGAGCUUGACACGUUGCUGAGUACCCAUGGUCCUGUGAUUUGGGGCGAGAGUGCAGACCGCAGGCGGCUGUUAAUAGCACCUGGGAACCCGAAAACCAACUAUCCCAAGGAACUCUUUUACGAAGUCCCUGUAGAUAGAAAAAUACUCAAAAUACACCUCCAUCGAUGGAUCUACAAAGAGGCGUACACACGUCUUCCGCCUAGGAAGCUGACAAGGCAAUCGGCUGCGUGUGAUCUCAGAACCAAUCCCGAUACUAGUACUUUGCAUCUUGUAAUAGGCACGCCCGCAUCGUCACCAGUGGAAGUAUUGCGGGAUGAAGACCUUACUGGUUCCACCAUAACCCCACCCGUACAUGCCAUGGCCCAACAGAACGGUUCGACGAAACGGAAAGUCGACGCUCGCUACUCAGUCCCGAGUUCAGGAAACAAUUCUGCCGCUAGGAAGCGGCCUCGCCAAAACGCAGCUAUGUCUGCGGAGCAGUCUUCACGAGAGCCUUCUUCCACACCAAGACAAAGCUCCGAGAACAUCCCCUAUACCCCUACGUCAGACAACACUUAUUUGCUACCCCCGGCCACCUAUACGGCUGUUAACAGUUUGGCCGCAAUCUCUUCCGGAAGGCCAUCGGCGCUACCGAGCCCUCACUCGCGUUGUGUACCGGAUGGUACGCCUCGUUCUACUAGCUCUCCCACAAGCACGUUCGUUGCGGUAAAUCAGGUUCAAACAAGCGUCUCCACUGGCGCCGAUGGUUCCAACACAACCAGCACGCAUACUGCGCCUAGUCUUUCUGAGAUAUCAGUCCAGUCGAUGGCUCCAAACACAUCUAACAGCCGUGAGCCGUUGGGCGCUUCCCUCCUGUCCGAUAGCCAGCGCGAGAGAGGACAUGGAGACACAAGGAGCACCCACGCGUUGCAUGGUCAAACUCCGCCUGCGGCCCAAGUCAUGAUCACCUACCCAGAAAACUCUUCGGCAAACCAUGCUACCGGAGUGGUGCCAUUGUCGCCGACUGGAGUUUCCGCUCUGCACCCUACUAUGGGCCGCACUAUUGAUCACCAGAAUGGCUCGGGCAGCAAUCAGAUGCCUGGUCUUUGUGAGGUAACCCUUUUGCAGUGCGAACUUUUACGGCUUCUUUUAGGAUACUUGUUUCCCCGAAAUGGUGAAAGAGCCGACGAAUCCGCUCUGUUACACAGUCUAGAACAAGUAUGGGCUAGCCAUGAACAGGACUUCAGGCUUGCGAUGGAACGGCUGUUCGAAUGUCACCGCGAAGGCCUUCUAAUAUGGAUCAGCGAGCGGCGGAAAACAAGUCAGCUUCAAUUGAUGAUAGAACGCCAGCCUAGCGUGCAGACGCUGGGAAUGGUGGACCGAGUGCUGACCAUGAAUGACCUCCGCAUUCUGCGUCUGAAGUGGAAGGAACUCAAAGUGCACAAUGGCAGUCAAGACAUAUCCGCGGAGGGCUUGCUGUGUAGCACCUUUGCAAUUAUGACCAAAACAGAAGGGACGGAGGUGUUGUUCAAGGAAGGUCUGGAUAAGCUUAAAGAGACUUCACCUGAGGUUUUAAGACGUGAUGACUUGGCCAUUUCGAUAUAACUACCCCACGGACGAGUCGCUUAACGGGCAAGCCGCUCACUUUUGUGUGUGCUAGCUUGCCCCACUACCGCCAGGGCCUGGAGUAUGUUCCCCGAUCUCCGAUUU